CACAGAAAGGAGGAGGCAGAAACGGGGAGGAAAAGUCAAGCUACGGGAAGGUCCACGGAACAAACCCAGGUCCAAAUCGAAUCGGACACUGAUCGCUCCUCUUCGAUCUCGCGUUCCUCGUCCUUCUUUCUUGGUUCGAUUCCGUUCUUCCAGCUCUCGAAGCUGCAAAAUUCAAUUUUUUUUCGUCGCUGCAGUUCGAUUCUGGGGCUGGGUUCUUUCCCUUUUCUCCUUCUUCCCCCACCCCCAGUUCUCUUGAGCUCCGCCCGAUCGGAACGAAGGGAAGAGGGGUCGUUCUCGACGGAGCAGGCAUGAUAACGAGAUCGAAUUUGGCGGAGCAAUUGAGGGAGUAUCAGCUUCGAUCCAAGAAUGAUUGGGCCUCUGUCUCUCUUUUCUCCUCCACUUCUAGUUUCGGCUCUUCAAGGGUGGAUGUUGCGGUCUUUGUGAUAUGGGAGCUUGUAAUUCUAGCUUUCUUGGUCUUCUCAGCAGUGUCUUUGUACUUCCGGCAUAUGCAGCUGGCCUUAAUCUUAAUCUGCAUCACCAUGCUGUUGCUUCUAUGCAUGAAAAUUACAAAGCAAAUAAGAUUGGCCAGGAAAAAGAAGCGAAGGAUGCUUCUUCCAUUGUCUAUGUAGAGUCAGAGUUUGGUCGCAGAUUUUUCUUGCUUUCUCAUCCUGUCAUGUAGCUUGGGGGAAACACUCGUUCAUUGAAUUGGUCCAUUGCUAAUUGUUUAAUCGAGUACAUUCAUCAAGCUCGGGUUGGGUAUAAGUUGACAUGACAAAUUGGAAGCGCUCAUCAUUCUCGCAUGAUACGAGAGAUUCGGAUUGAUGAUUACGCAAGCAGCAAGGUGGAUAUUGGGGGCUCCGCCUCUCUCUGCAGCUUUUCAGUGUGUCUGCACAAGCAGUAACAGAGCGAUCUGUGGAAGAUAUUGGAAUGUAGGUAGAUGUAUUAGAAUGAGCAUACGUUUUGACAAUGUAAUGUAUGGCUUUAUGAGGAUAUCCAUUUACAUUUCUCAGGAUGAGAACAUAAACUUGAUAAACCAUAACUUCUCAAGAUACAGUUGCUUUCAGCUUACAUAUCAAGUUAUUAUUGUCAA